GGUGACGGUGGAGGGCAGUUUUGCAAGUCUCAUCCCCGGGCUAUGGAAGAUUUUGCUCCGUGAGAGUCAGCGAGGCACCGGUCAUCUCACCAUUUCUGGCUUUCAGCUGACUACACAGACUCUGCCUUUUCCGUGUUUUCGUGGCCAGAGACAUGACCUGACGCCUUGAUGACCAGUCUCAGGGCCCUCUGGUGACUGGCUGGGUAACCAUGGAACUUAAAGUAUGGGUGGACGGAGUUCAGAGGAUUGUUUGUGGGGUCACCGAAGUCACAACUUGCCAGGAAGUUGUCAUAGCGUUAGCUCAAGCGAUAGGUCGAACUGGAAGGUACACUCUUAUAGAAAAAUGGAGAGAUACUGAAAGACACUUAGCACCUCAUGAAAAUCCUAUCAUAUCCUUAAACAAAUGGGGGCAGUACGCUAGUGACGUACAGCUGAUUUUACGUCGAACGGGGCCGUCUCUCAGUGAGCGGCCCACGUCGGAUGGUGUGGCUCGAGUUCCUGAAAGAACUUUAUGCAGGCAGAGUUUGCCCCCCUUAGCUAAACUGAGGCCUCAGAUUGACAAAGCAAUCAAAAGGAGAGAGCCUAAAAGGAAAUCGUUAACAUUUACAGGAGGUGCCAAAGGGUUAAUGGACAUUUUUGGAAAAGGUAAAGAAACUGAAUUUAAACAAAAGGUGCUGAAUAACUGCAAAGCAACAGCAGAUGAGUUAAAGAAGCUGAUCCGUUUGCAGACAGAGAAGCUCCAAUCCAUUGAGAAAGAGCUAGAAUCAAAUGAAAUAGAAAUACGAUUUUGGGAGCAAAAAUAUAAUUCUAACCUUGAAGAAGAAAUUGUCCGCCUGGAGCAGAAGAUCAAAAGAAACGAUGUAGAAAUUGAAGAGGAAGAAUUCUGGGAAAAUGAAUUACAGAUUGAACAGGAAAAUGAAAAACAGCUGAAAGACCAACUUCAAGAAAUAAGACAGAAAAUAACAGAAUGUGAGAGCAAAUUAAAGGACUAUUUGGGUCAAAUCCAGACUAUGGAAAGUGGUCUUGAAGCAGAAAAAUUGCAACGGGAAGUUCAAGAAGCACAGGUCAAUGAAGAAGAGGUUAAAGGAAAGAUCGGUAAGGUCAGAGGGGAGAUUGACAUUCAAGGCCAGCAGAGUCUGAGGCUGGAAAAUGGUAUUAAAGCCGUGGAAAGGUCUCUUGGACAAGCCACCAAACGACUACAGGACAAAGAACAAGAAUUGGAGCAGCUGACCAAGGAGCUGCGGCAAGUCAACCUCCAGCAGUUUAUCCAGCAGACAGGGACGAAAGUCACCGUUUUGCCAGCGGAGCCCAUCGAAGUGGAGGCCUCGCAUGCAGACCUGGAAAGGGAGGCACCAUUCCAGUCGGGGUCUCUGAAGCGACCUGGUUCCUCUCGGCAGCUCCCCAGUAAUCUUCGUAUUCUACAGAAUCCUAUCUCGUCUGGUUUUAAUCCUGAAGGCAUAUAUGUAUAACAUUAUCUGUCUUCAGGGGAGAGACCCAGUAAAGGUACCGAGGACAGUGAAAAUUCCUUCUUUGAUUUUGUGCCAAUGAUGAACAGAGGAUAUAGUUCACAAGCCACCGUAUCUUUUUUCUGUCCUAAAUUGCAUACCACUUGGAGCCAUACCCUGUGCACUGAUGCUAAAGAACAAAGAAACUGUUUUCACACAGCCACAGUGUUGAUGUUUUUGUCCAGCAGCUGUAAUGCAAAGCCUUCGUUUUUAUUUGUAGCAUUUCGAGAGCAUUAGGAAAGUAUUAUACUGUGUGUAUACAUAAAUAAAACCGUGACUUCAGAAUGAAGAGAAAUACGUGACUGGCUUAGUUUAUUUAUUCCAUGUAAUCAAUUAAGGAGUGAAUGUUGACAUUUUAAUAUUUUUUAUUAAUACUUAUCCUGUGACUGAGUUACAUUGCAUAUUGUGUGACGAUGACUUUGUGUGCAUGUUGCCAGACUCCAUGCGUUGCUGAAUUACAGCUACACAAGUGUCAUAGGGGGCUCCGCCAUGGAAACUGACUCCAGAAGAACUGACUUGCAUUUACCUUGUGAACCCAUCCUAGCCCCUGCUUAAUUAGGUGAGAUAAUUCAGGUUUUCUUUUUAAUCUGGUGUUUCAUCUUUUCUUUACAGUAUUUCCAGCAUAUGAAUGAACCACAUACAAGAGCAGAAAUAUUUUCAUGAAGUAAAUUACAUGUUUAAAAGGUUUGCAGUGCUUCAGACACUGUUGAACAAAAAUGUAAUUGUUGAAUAUCUAUCCAAACAGGCAUGGGGUUUCCUGAUACAUAAUGUGUUUUGUUUCUGCCCUGCCUUAUUAUUUUAGUCUCAUGGGUCCUCAGAGUUGCCAUCAUACAUAAAUUAGAAAUGUCUUAAAAAAAAGAGAGAGAUGUCCAAGGAUAUCUUCAGGAAGGUUGCUUUAAGUGAUAUUUUUUUUAUUUUAAAAUAACCCACUCUAGGGCUUCCCUGGUGGCGCGGUGGUUGAGAGUCCGCCUGCCGAUGCAGGGGACGAGAGUUCGUGCCCCGGUCCGGGAGGAUCCCGCGUGCCGCGGAGCGGCUGGGCCCGUGGGCCAUGGCCGCUGGGCCUGUGCGUCCGGAGCCUGUGCUCCGCAACGGGAGAGGCCACAGCAGUGAGAGGCCCGCGUACCACAAAAAAAAAUAAUAAUAAUAAAAAAAAUAAAAUAAAAUAAAAUAACCCACUUUAUAUGUAUGGUCUAUUGGUGUAAGCACCCAUGGAUAAGUUAUUGCUUGCACAGAAUUUACUGUGUACAUUAUGAACUAUUGCAAUUUUUCCAGUCACUUAAAUAGAAAGUAGAUUGGAGUUAGUUACUUUUUACCAAGGAAAUAAAGUUAAAGUCAGUGUUCGUUUUUAUUAAUUUUCAGCUUGACCUUUGCAGGACAUUAAUCUCCAUUUGUACAUAUAUUAUUUUCUUGUUUAUAAAACCAAAAAUGAGUCAACACCCCUCCCAUGAGUACUGACUUAACUAAGAUGCACAAGAGUAUCUAGAUGGAUGUGGUCAGAUACUUCUUAGCCAUUUUUACUUUCCCUCUGAUCAGAAUUUGGUACAAUAUAAUUAAGACUUUCAUCUAAAAUUUAAAGUAGUUUUUUAUUCUGAGGAAAACAUAUUGUCUGUAUUAUUUACAUGCAACAAAAUAAAAGUGGAUUAGUAUAUUAAUGCCAUGGUAACAAUAAAAAGGUGUAAGUUAUAUCCUAUGCAUGAGGGCAAUUUUUGAUGUUUUAAACGCAUCUGACUUGUUUUUGGUUUAAUGAAUGCUGAGAAUGCUGCUAUAGUUAGGUUUCCAAUGAAAAUUUUUAAGAAUGGCUAUGACAAUAUGUAGAAGCUUCUAGACGACUGAAAGUAAUAACGCAUAGUUGCCUUUUCUAGUCCAGCUAAAUGGCAGACCUCAACUAAAAAUAUUUUCUUUGGGUUCUUGGAGUUAUCGAGUUGACCUUGCCAUUAUAUUGUUUUGCGGAAAAAAACUUGAGAAAUAAAUGAUUCUUAUCUAAUAGCCACAAUCUAUACACAUUUGCUCUCAGUUUAUAAUAGUUAUUUCAUAUCCAUAUAUAUUUAAAAAUUAGAAUUAAAAAAUCAAAAUAAUUUGUAGAUUUUUGUGACAAUAAUGGUUUAUGUAUGCCUGAUAUAUGCCUUAUUUUUAAAGGGUUCCAUUCUAUACUGGGUCAUUUUGUUAUUGUUGUUCAGAGAAAUUGAGAUCUUAUUCACAAAGAAAAACAUUUUUAUAAGUUGAUCACAUUCUAUUUAAAUCAAAAUGUUAAUAAACCUAGAUAUAUGAGACUUCGCAAUUUUUAAUUGCAACGAUGCCUGGGCAUGCCAUGAAAAACACAAAGUAUCCAACUUAAUUGUUGUAAAUUAUUAUCAGCAUUAACCUAAUAACUUUAAAGAAAGACUGGGAGUAGGAUUCUGACAACUUCAUCUGAAUUUUCAAGCUGCCAAAUAAUCUUCACAGACCUAACUACAGAUAGAAAUACUAUUUCCUAGAUGAGAAGAGUAUAUAAAUGGGAAUUUGAUUAAUACAAUGAGCAGCUGUACUUUUUAAGCAGUUAUAUUUACCAACACUUCUGGAAGCACAUCUCUAAGAAAUAUUUUCUAAGUAUUUUUUUUAAAUAGAGGAAAGAAAACUCAUUUCCCUAGAACAUCUUAAAAAUAUCUUAGUCUAUUUCUGAUUAUUUUUAUCUCUUGUGAAUACAAAUGAGUUAGAUUAAGUGCCACAUCUUUGGAUACAUUUCAGAGGGGAAGUGGGCAAUGGUACACAAAAAUACCAAAUAGAGAAUUUUGCAUCUGGGGGCAUAUUCAGGUUCUAAAUACUAAAUUAGAUUGUAAGUUUUUUAAAUUAUUAUUACACUGAAAGUUGUUUUAUUGUGAUUUUCUACAAGUAUUAAAUACAUGAGAAGAUUUUUUUUUCUUACCAGGGAGUAAUUUGAAAUAGUAUUGGUAUAUUUGACCCUUUUGAGUGUUUGUCAUCCUCAGCAAAUGAUCCGUAGUGGCUUGCCUCAAUCCUUUUGUUGUUCUUAUGAGAUAUUUUGGUUUGUUAGCGUUUUUCUUUUUUUUUUUCUCCUGAUGCACAGGGUAUUUAUAUGUGAGACUUCGUUUGGUGUUAAUAGGAGUUACCCAUUUAAAUCCCUCAGCCAUCACUGAGCUAGUCAUCAAUUUCUGUAGUUCAAAUUAAUCAAACUAGAGCUCAAACAAGACUAAUACAGUAAAAAUGUAAAAGUUACGGUAUGAAAUGGGAAUUUUAACAAUGUUUAAGAAGAACAAAUAAGCACUUGCUUCCAGAACAUAAAUACAUUUUGCACCUGCAUUAAAAGAAAAGUUUCUUUGUGAAUAAGAGCAAAGUGGCCUUUAGAGAAAAGAAACUUCAUUUAAAACCGUUUCUGUGAACAUCUUUCCAAGUUACAACUAUAAUAAUGGAUUGAGGAGACAAUAUGGAAAAGGCAGAAACUCUUGAUUUCAGGCGCGCAAAGGGCACGGGCAGAUGGACGGUUCCUUGUGUGCAUUGCCUUUGAAAAAUUGGGCCUUAACUUAUAUGUAAAUAAGGAUGCUGUGUUCACAUCCCUCUUCUACCUAAAGUUGUCUUUAUUAGUCCAUAUUGUAUUAAAUUUAGCUCAUAAGUAUUACUUUUAUAUUAUGUCAGUUUUUUUAAGUUGCAUGUUUAUACUGUUUGCUACAGUAUUUUUCAGUUUUGGUUUAAGACCAUCAGCUGUACGGAGAAGACAGAACAAUCACUAUUUAUUCAGUGUUGCUGCUUUACAUUUCCAGAGUAAGCUUUUGAUGCCAGGACAGUGACUGCUUGAAAGCUGCAGGAGCUCUAUUCCAGUGCGUUUUAUAUAUUUUUAGAAACCAAAUAAAUGCAGAUAACUAUUUAGUAUACUAAUUAUAUUAAACCAGCAGAAAUAUAAAGGCAAUAAAGUAUAUACAUAUAUAUAUGGGGGGGAGGGAAAAGAUUAAAAAUAGGUUUACAGCCAGACAUGGUGAUAGCCCUAAAUGUAUUUCUCAAUCUGUCUUUCUUUAUUGACCCGAAGAGGAUUUGAGUUGCUGCAGCUUUAAACAGAAAAAUGCCAUGUCCACUAACUGUGGACACAUAAAUAUGCUUUUAGUACUGCUUUGCUUAUGUACAAGUAAAAUGUCUGUAAUCUGUAUUAUAUGUAAUGGUUCUUUUCUUUUGACUUUCAUUUCAAAAUGUAUAUUUUCUGAUUACUAUCAUGAGCUGUAAAACAAAGGAUCAAUAUCUGAUAUUCUCCCAAAUAAUAAAUCUUCAGGAUUCACUGGGGCAUUACAA